GGAGGGAGGAAAGGGCGCUCCAGCUCGGCGAACGGAACAGCCGGCGGCAGCGAGACAUCUUUCUCUCUCCCUCUCUCUGUCUCUGUCCCUCCCCGGCUCCGAUCGAGGCCGACGAUGUCAAACAUGCGUCGACGGAUUUUGCGCGCCAGCAACACGACGACGACGGCGGCGGCGGCGGCGACGGCAACGACGACGACGACGACGACGACGACGACGACGAGGAAGUCGAGGAAGACGGCGACGAAGAAUCGACGACGGCGCACCACGGCCGUGCUCCUCUACCAGUGAAACGACAUACGUAAAACACAUCACAUACACACGCACGCACACACACACACGCGCGCGUGCGCACGCGCGCGCGCGUACACGCAACAACACACGCACGCACGCACCGGUACGCGGUUGCCGAUGAGCGUGGAUAUAUGGCGGCGCGAGUACUCUUGCUGAGCGUCUUGAUCACGGAAGUGCUGAAGCCAGCUUGCGCCGCAGGUGUUAAAGGUAUCGGAGGAAAUGUCAGCGGUAGGAACGUGUCGAAACCGGACGGUUCUGACGCUGGCUUGACUAAAGGAUCUGGACUGACGCUGGAAAUUCAACCUAGUGGCCAUGUGAUACUAGGAAAAAGGGGGAUCACAGUCAGUUGUACAGCUGGCUCCAACGAGACUGUGACCUGGUUGCACAAUGGAAGCCCAGCACCUCCGUGUGGUCUUACUCGCUGUGUUCUUCUUUCCAAUGGCUCUCUUCACUUUUACAAGAAACAAAAUUUACAAAUACAAAAGUUCAAAGAAAAGGAAAGGAAUAAUAUUGUUAACGCUAGAAACCAUAAUAAAGAUGAAUAUCGUUGCGUAACACGUACUAGUUUAGGAGAAUCGAUACGUUCAGCUCCCACCAUUAUUCAAAUAGCAGAACUUGCCCAUGCAUUUAAAGAGACUCCGGAAAAUAUUACUGUUCGAGAAGGCGAAGUCGCAAGGUUGUCUUGCUUGAUUGACAGUGUUCCUUUCCCACCCAAUAUUACGUGGCAGCAUAAUGAAACAUUGUUAUCCUAUCAUAAUGAAUCAAAGUAUUCUGUGGUACCACCAGGUGUUCUGUAUAUAAGUGCAACGAAACUGUCAGAUGCUGGCUUAUAUAGAUGCAUAGUCACUAAUGAAUUUCUAAAGAAGACCAAAAGGAGCAAAGAAGCAAAAUUAACGGUUAUCGCGAAAACGGAGAGCAACAAAACGCAUACGCCAUCGUCUUUGUUUCCACAGGUUUCGUACAAUCAUAGGCUGCUUAAUGGGUCGAAUCUUAGUUUGGCAUGCGCUGCAUCUGGUUAUCCCACACCACUUGUAACAUGGUCAUUUAUUCCUCGUUAUAUAGAUAAUGUUACAAAACCUCGCGUCCUUCUUAAUUCCACCACUGGCAUUAGUAUACUGUUGCUAAGAAACGUGAACAUUUCCAAUGCCGGUGUUUACCUGUGCUCUUCAAAGAAUUCUAUUACCAAUGACUUAGAAGUACAGAAUGUAACUGUAGGUGUAUUAAUACCACCGUCAUUUGUAAAAACGCCGACGAACCAAAUCUGUCCAAAUGGAAAAACAGCGAGAUUCGAGUGCCAGGCGCAAGGAUUACCUGUACCUCAAAUUUAUUGGCUGAAAGAUUCAAUGAAUAUUACUAUCAAUGGUCGCAGGACAACUUACGUUAAGGAAUAUAAUAAAAUAGAAUUAGCAAUAUCAGCAACAGUGCCGUCUGAUUCUGGCAUGUACCAGUGUGUGGCGGUAAAUGCAGUGGGUGAAAUUUGGGCUGCUGGCCGGCUCCAAGUAAAUACAUCGCAUAAUAGUCCCGCUACACCCACUUCUCUGAAGUGUCAUGCUGUUUCACCAGUUAAAAUCUUAAUUUCGUGGGAACCACCAAAGUCUGUACCAUAUACCAGUAUUACAGCUUAUACCGUCCAUUAUAGCCCUGUAGAAGGUGGUAAGGAGGAAGUUUCGCCACCGGAACCAGGGAAUUCUACGUCUGUAGAAGUAACCAAACUUCUUGAACCAUUUACAAAUUACUCGUUCUACAUACGAGUGUGGAACAACUAUGGUGCUAGCGAUCAAUCGGCCACCAUUGUGUGUUCCACUGCUCCAAGUGUUCCUAAAGGCACACCAAAAAUGAAUGUGGAUAUAAUCAGUAGUACAAAACUAAAUGUAUCGUGGGAGCCGUUGAGUAAAAAGGAGUCCCGCGGCGACGUGGUAGAAUAUAAACUAUUGUGGAGACUCCACCAGAGCUCAGCCUCCAGAUGGGUGCACUAUCUACCUGCCUCUGUUCAAUACUACAUACUUUCCGACUUGGAGCCUGGAGUGCGGUACGAUCUUCGAGUAUUGGCGAGAACGAAGCAGGGCGAGCCAAAUAUUAGUGAAGCACAAUUAGACUGGAUUACUGUAACCAUGCCGACUACCAAUCAAUCCAAUCAGUUUACUAUAAGAAAUGUUGUAGAUAUUCAAGUAUUAAUUGUUAACGCCUCAAUAAUCAAGAUGAAAUGGAAGAUCAACUUCAAGCAAAGCGAUCAAAUUGAAUCACAGUUCGAUUCCUGGCAGAUUUAUUGCGAAAAUCAAAAUGGCGAGAAGUUAAAGAAUAUUCAUUUACCACAGAACAUUACCGAAUACCUAUUUACUGAUCUUGAUAUGAACGUUUCUUAUACUAUGCGUCUGUGCAUGGUGAGCUCGGGUGAAUCAACAGGUUGCUUGACGAAACACGUAGAGACCGUACAAUCCGAUCCUAAUACUGUGCCAAUGGCUUUGGAGGCUACUCCCGUCUCGCCUACGUCCAUUAACGUGUCCUGGACAUUGUCCGGUGUGCACGACGUAAAUUCGUUCGAAUUUUGUUAUCAUGCGGUGCAUGCGCAAAAUUUUAACAAUUCUAAAUGUUCUAUCGUAAAUGACACGAAAACAAGCGUUGACGAGCUGAAGCCUUUUACUUUAUACGAGUUUAAAGUGAAAGCCAUUAAGCACGAUACAAAUCGGACGAGCUUCUAUAGUAAAUCUAUAGAAUGCUAUACGAACGAAGAUGUUCCUGGUAAAGUCGGUGGAUUAUAUUGGUUCCUGGAGGACAACACGAAUGUACGAAUUACGUGGGAGAAGCCGAACAACACAAACGGCAUUAUACAAAAUUAUAUUGUCGCAUAUGCCAUGGAUUCGGCGACGACAUGGAGCAACUUGAUCAUACUCGGUAAUAAGACGACGACGCACCUACCAGGUUUAACGCCGGGGAAACAAUAUUUCGUUACGGUGCGGGCAGCGACGAAAGCUGGCUAUGGGAAGCCAUCGUAUCCUAUUACUGUUUAUGUCGGCGGUACUAGUCGUAACGGUAGUAAUGGUGGUAGCAGUGGUGGAACGUCGAAAGUACCCGCGCCGUCGGGCAAUGAGAAAAACUCUAAGCCCGAUCGAAGUCUAGGUGUGAUCCUCGGAGUGAGCAUAAGCGUCGGAUUUAUCAUGAUAUGCCUGUGCAGUAUAUACUGCCGGAGAAAGUUUGAGAAUUCUCGAUUGAGAAACGACGCUCAAUCUACAAAUGGGUGUGUGCUAUCGCGAAACGGAAAUGGAUGUUGCGCGGAGCAGUCCUCCACCUCCGUGGGUCAACAAGCGAACGCCACCGGUGCCCCAAAUGAGAUUGAAUUGGCAGUGCUGUGUCCGUCGACGCCGGUCGAGACAAAUCCGCACUCGGACGCAAAGGGCGCACAGUCUAACGGGGUUUUCGAAAUUUGCGCGAAAGAACCCUUACUGUCGCCGUGGGAGGUGAAUGGAGGCUCGAAGGAUGUUCAUAUUAUGGAGAAUCCUCAGUACAAAAGGAGAGGCAGUUCUGCCUCGAAUAAUCAACGGGAGGAGGAGGAGGAGGAAGAGGAGCAAGAUCUAGAGGGCACGCAGCUCACAAUGGUCAAUUGUACUUUAGGCAGUAGCGCUAGCAGUUUAAAUAACAAUUCAGGAUGUCCGGACGGUGAGACUUUAUCAUCGCCGAAAGCCACGUGUGCACCUGUUCCGGCGCUCGGACCAAACGGGUGAAAGUGCGUUAGGCAAUACGCUAAGGUGUUCAAUGCUUCUCAGCGUUAUCAAGGUACAACAGGUAGGAGUACAUGAGUUCUCCUAUUUCCUCCUUCCUUACGGUCGAUACGGCUGCCAUCGGUCGCAGUCACGGUCCGAAUCAACGCGCGGGAAAAAGAAAAUAGCGAUGUCCAGCCCCGAGAAAGCAAAAGCAAUGCCAAAUUGCAGCAGCCUCGCAAAGCAGGAGUAUUGUCUGACACAUGAUUGAUGUAAAUAAUACACCGUUUCGGAAAAGGAAAUCGCGACGUUGGUCGCCACGUUGUAAAUACGAGCAAAAUACAUUUAUCGCGCGGAGAACAAAGCUCGUCUACAUAAGCAUCUCAGCGAAAGCAACGCAAUUCUAAAAUUCAUUGCAUCCUUUGCAUAGUGCACUGGUCGCAUAAACGACACGUGAAGUGUUUGCCGGACUCGUGUAUGUAUACAGAAUGAUUCAAAAUAUCAUUUGAGGAUGAAAAUUAAGUAUUUUCUCGAAGAGAAUUUAUAUAUAGGUAUCUAUCUAUCUAAUAGCGCUGCAGUCCAAGUCGGACUUGGGCUUCUUCUACUUUUUUCCUCCAAUUCGAGGCCUUGUUUUUAUACUCUAGACAGGAUUUGUUUCUCUGGGAGUAGGUUGCCAAACCUACCGUCCAACCCCCAAUCUGGAGGGUCAGACUCUAGAGGAAUGUGGCAGGAUACUUUUAAUGGUUGCCACUUUUUUUCAAGAGCUGAUGUUCGAAGAAAAGUCAGCGUUCUUGACUGGAUUUAAAUUCAGAUCUUCUUGUUAAUUUGUUUACCAAUUGUAAGCAGCGCACAUCUCUCCGCGCCACGCUCGCCGCUAAUAUAUAGAUAUAGUUAAAGAGUUUUGAUAUUAAAGUUUUAUGAAAGGACAUUCACUAUCGGUAUAUUAGCGAAUACUGCUAGCGAAAUUAUUUCGUUAUUCGGUUCUUGAUUGAGAAUUGUUUAGCAGUGAAAUGUGCAACGUUUUCGAACAUAGGCUGUUGCUUCAAGAGAGUAUUAAAAUGUAUCGCUCUUCGAUCCUCAACAUGUCGAAUAAUUCUGUAUAUAUAUAUGUAUAUAUAUAAAUUAAGUAAAUUGUCGACGUGCUGAAAAUUAAGAGAUGCACGAACAAAAUGAACUGAAAUGAAAAACAGCAAGUUUCCGAUGCCUCUGUACAUAGAAUAGAAUAAUUGUUGAUUGUGAAUAUGUCCAUAAAAUAUCACACUUGGAAUACAGAAAAAAAAAGACAUGCGGACGUGCAUUCCUUCGCGUUUGGGGACACAAAAUUGCUGAAUAUCCGGGCACAACAUGGCCUAAAAGUUGACAAAGUUUCAUUCUGAUAACAGUUUUCGGGCUGACGAUUGCUUAAAAUGGAGCAGAGACACUGAUCAUUCCAAAAUAAGUUUUCCAUUGAUAUUUAAUUGUAAACAAAGGAAGAACGUUUAGUAUUAAGAAAACAGGGAAAGGCUCUAACCAGAUGCUACGCGUUUUUAGAGAUGUUAAGAAAAUUUUUUAUUCCGUGUUUUUUUCUAUUUUUUCCCCUCUCUUUUCUAUACAUUUUUCUUUCUAUAUUUUAACAUACCAUAUGUGUGUCAUUAAGGUAUCACUUUUACAAAAAAAAUUGAUUUCUCCAAGAAAUCAAAGUAAAAAUUUUUUUUGCAUUUGGAGCUAGUGUGCAUGACAAAUGAAGGAUUUGUUAAAUAGCUCUUAAAAUAUCUGAUGUAAGUUUUGUAUUAGUUUAAAGUGGACUAUCGAUAUAUCAUACUUUAAAUUUAAAAAGAGAGAUCCUAUGAAUGGGAAGAAAUAUUCAGAAAGAUAAUCGCGCUCAGAAUAUUACGAUUCAAAUGAAUGGCGUGUAACAGGCCACCUUGUUUUCUCACAAUUGCUUACUUCUAUAAGAGACUUCAAAGACUGCAUUAAUAGACGAUAUUUUUAUAAUUAACAGAUAACCUUGUCGGAGAAUGUUUAUGUGAAAAUACUUUACGCAAUACGUUGCGUAAGAAGAAUUUUACAUAUUCCUCGGGUUUCUUUCCGUUCAUAAGAUUGAUAUCGUUUUUAAGGCGAUUAGGUAAUCGAUAUGCGAUUUAAUGUCAACAUUUUGUAAGUACGAUAUUUAGCGUGUUAACUGGUAAAGCAGUUCUGUGUAUUACACAAAAAGAAAGAAGCAGCAUUCGUGACGAAUCUACAAGACACAUAUUCCAGACUGGUGCAUGUUACCAUGACAGAAAAACCCAACGCAGUACCUGAUAGAAUAAGCUAUAUCGUUUAGAGUGAGACGUAGAAAUGUCAAUGUUAUUACUGUACCUCCACUAAUUGUUAUUUAUUGCAUUUUACAUUCAGCAUAUACUUUAGAUGAACACAUUACACUGGAUCAUGCAAUAACAUAGUCACCAUGAGCACAGUAUGAAAACAAUUAACGCUAGAAUUAAUUCGAUCUGCACAUAUUAAAAGGACUAUCAUAUCUUCAUUCCAUAGAAUAUUACCGCAUUUCCAUAACGGAGUCCAUUAGACAUCCAGCAUAUUGAAACUGUCCCGAAAGUAGCUUCGUUUAAUUUCGAGAGACCGGAACGCACCACCGUCGUAUUGCCAAUCCUUUUGCGUUUCAAUACGGGAGGCAUUCAGUUGAUUAACUGUGCACCAUGAUUUACUUAUUCCGUUUACUGGACUUUGCAAAUCGCAUUUACAAUAGCUCUAUAUAGUUUACACAGGUCAGAUACAGUUCUACGAAAUAGAAAGAAUCGUUUUAUUUACACAUGAAUACAUGGAACUUGUUAUAUGUAUUAUAAAUAUAAUUAUGAGAAUCUCAUAUAUAUAGAAUCGCAUAUACAAUUAUUGAAUUUAUAUAUUCUUAAACAGUUCUUUCUUUUCUUUUUUUUUCUCUUUUUUUCUCUUUUUUGUGCAGCAACCCUUACUUGUUACGAAUGCGUUUGCAUGCAUUCAACGCAUCUGGCUUACGAUUUUAUUUAAUCUGUUUUGCAUUUGUUGUCAUAUAUAAUGUGUAAUGCCUGUUACAUUUUAUAUUAUUUCCAUAUUUGUUGAGGGUAUAUACGUUCAUAUGCUUUUUCAUGUACUUUUUGUAUUUGUUGAUGGUAUAUUUUAGAAGAAUCACUUCUAUAGCGUUGACGAUAGCUAAGUUGCCGUAUAAUAACGAGAAAGAGCAGGACGUUGAACCGAUUGUUCCUUUAGUUGGUUAUUACGUAUUGUUAAUAGUAUACAUCAGAAGGAUACAUUUUUUCACGUUAUUAUACACUCUUGCGCUUUGGAAAAUAACAUGUAUAUAUGUAUGUACAUACAUAUAUUUAUGUAUAUCUGCAGCGUACAAAGCACUUGGGGGAAUAAUUUUAAAGAGACAGCUGUUAAUUAUAUUUAAAAAAAUCGAAUUCGGACAUCAAAAAGAGAAUUGACUUUAGGACAGGUAUGACGUAUAAGCAGCAGAAAGUAUUCGAUGCUUUUACUUAGGUGUUAAGGCUCGCGUCCACGAAUGUUUUCGGACAGAAAUCUCCACACUUGGAUAAGUUCAGAUAUGACUGCGAUCGAGUGUAAUUUAUGCCUUCCAUAAUUUAUCCGACAUGGCAUUUAUAAAAUGCCAUUUAAAUUUGAAUUUCCAAAUGAAGCGUAUAUCUUCUCUAAAGAGCCAAACGUAUAAAUUAGUCAUUUGUUUCUCUGAAUUUGCGAUUUUAUUUAGGAAAAAGUGUAGUAAUUUUAUUGCUAACUUAAAAGAAUUCUCGAUUAUAAAUAUCGAAAUAAUCUGGAUUUAAACGACUUUCCCGUGGACGCGAGCUCUUGAAUAUAAACUGACAGUUGUAUAAGUUUCGUGAGAGAAUGAGUUUAUACCUAUCGGAACUGUCCUCAUCCCAUUUUUUACGUUUAAGUAGCGUAAUGUACUAUACUUCCCUUAGCUGUAACGUAUGUCACUCCGGUCACAUGUACAAUUCUGCUGCUGUAAUCCCGACUUCAUAUCCGCGGUAUCAUAACGGAAUAUCGUAUUAUAAAGAGAGAGAGAGAGAGAGAAACAAAGAGGUAGCCGCAGCGGCGAUCGAAACGCCAACAGCAAUCAGUAAUUUAAACAAAACGACAAACACUCCGUACAUGCAUACCAUAGUGCUCUUGAAUAAUUUCGUGGAUGUGAUAAAGUUUUACGUCGUGAACAAUUGACUAUAGAGUCGCCGUUCAGGAGAGUGAAAUCGCGUUAACGAGAGUGCCUCACGUCAAGCGGUUGCAGGCCGUUCCUCCCUCGUGAGGAGGACAACCUGCAGGGCAGGGUUGAGCGUAAAAUAUUUGUAAAAAAUAGUUACACCUACGUGCAUAACAAUAAGUAAUCUGUCGUCGAGAAUUCAUAUUUUCAGUCAGGAAUGCCAAAUUUAUAUCUUGCUUGUGUUACUUUUAGCUGCUAGUUUGGGCACAGUUUAGGAUGUAACACGAAAAAUUAAUAACGAUUUGGAACAUUUUGACUCUGUACCCCUGGACACAAUGAAAAUUUGAUAUGUUAACAAUUUGAAAGAGUUUCUUUCUAUAUUGUGUUAUCCGAUUUAUAAUGUAUAUCGUUAAUUUUGUUUACAUACGUAUUAAAAAGUUUGUGUGAACGUACCGUUCAACAAUCCGUAUGACGAUUUUUACGGCACGACCCUGCUGGAGAGUUUCACGUGACGCACUCUGUAUGUACAAAGUCCACGAAGAUAACAUUACCUUAUAGUACAUACAAAAGCAAUAAGCAUCAUCUCGCGUCUAGCGAUAAAUACGUUCCCUGGUAUUUACGGCGAACGCGAGUGUCGGAAAAAUGACAAAUGUUAUAUCAUAGAUCAUAAUCUACUUAUCACCGUAACAACUAUUGCGCGCAUUCAUCGAUCAUCAAUUGUCAUAAUUUGCCGAAUGAACCGGAGGACACGGCACCGUCGUCGUGGACCUCCGCAACAAUUAUUAUUGACGUUACUCACACUUGCGCAUUAAUUUCGCCUUUCUUAAUUUAGAAAUACCCGCGAUGCGGCAGCCAAAGAGAAGAACGUUCUAAUCGUCUUUUUAAAUCGCGCGUAUAAAUGAAAUCCGUGCAAGACCCACCCGCGGUCGCUCCGUAUAUAAUAUACACACGCAAACACACAUGCAUACACACAUUCCUUUCAUACAGAGUACGAUAUAAUUCAUCAGACAGACUGUAGUGUUAAAUACACAAUAGCAAAUAUUGAUUGUAUUGUACGGCGGCUCUAGUCGAACGAAUAUACCUCCGUAAUUGUCACUCUGAGCACAGAGUGAUUUACAUUACUUAAUUUUAACUUAACGUCGGUACCUAUUAGACUAUUGUUUACAAUUUUUUUAAAAUGCAGUUUACCUCAAAGAUUAUAUUUUCACGCCCGGUGGAUAUAUACGCACGCGCGUGUAUACAAUAUAUAUAAAUAUAUAUAUUAUAUAUACACAUAUAUAUAUGUAUACACAUAUAUUGCGUGUGCGCAGCACAUACAGUAUAUGUAUAUAUAAUAGCCGCGAGACAUUACACUUUAUUUUACACCUAAUGUGUAAGGGAGAAGAGAACCCAGUAAUUUUAUUCAUUUAUAUUAUACUAUUUACCGUUAAUUAUAAUUAUUAUGUGUAUUAAGAAGACUAUUAAUUUAUUUUCCGCAAGCCCUCAUUUCGCCCUUCUUUCCGAUUUAGAUCUACCCAUUAUCUCGAUGCGACAAUUAUUCUUUAGGGUGCAGUUACUUUGUACAUACUUUUACCUGCGAUUGUAUAUACAUAUUAUAUUACCUGCGAAGAACAUUAAAAUAUAUAUUUUAAUAUAUUACGUAUAAUGAACUACAUGAAAUUAUAAUCUUAUUGUUUGAAGUAUAUUAAGACUAAAUACACUAAAUAUUUAAUAAUACUGUUGACCCUUCUUGAACACGUCUUGUUGUAACCACUGAUUCAAUAAAAUUAAGACAGUGUACAAAUGCA